AUGCAUGAGGAAGCUGUGCCUACUGAGAAGCCCCAGGUGAGGAAUGCUCUAGGGUCGUGCUGUGGACAUACCAUCUUUGGGUUGUGCCCCGCAGUGCCAGACACGGCUAGCUUGGCUAUGGGAAUCAUCCUUGCUGUGCUGGCUCCGCUCAUCAUUGCCGCCAACGUGCUGGUGGCCAUUGCCCUCCUUCGCCUUAUCUGGAAGACCGGCUACAAGGGACACUAUUUUGUCCUUAAUCUUGCUGCUGCAGAUGCCAUAGUUGGUUUGUCGGUUGUAGGUCUGGUCAGAGGGGAGUUCUUUGAGCACGUUCAUCCCAAGCAGAUCUUCUGUGUCCUGCGAAUGGCUUUUGUGACAUCCUCUUCUGCUGCUUCUAUCCUGUCCCUGACCCUGGUCGCGUGUUACAGGCACCUGGCAAUCAGAAAGCCUUUCCACUAUCACCAGCUGGUCACGGGCACGCGGGUAGCACUGCACUUGGUGGUGCUCUGGCUGCUUGCUGGUAUCGUUGGCUUUCUCCCACUCCUUAUCCCAGGCUUUCGGAAGAUCUCCCUCGAGGAAAAAUGCUCCUUCUUCAGAGUCUUCCACCUCAGCUACAUUCUCAUUAUCUCCUGCAUGGGCUUCUUUCCAGUCCUGUUUCUCUUCAUUUACCUCUACUGUGACAUGUUGAAGAUUGCCUCUGUGCACGUGCAACAAAUCCGGGAAGCAGAACGUGCGGGGCUGGCCAGGGGCAGCACCAGUGACAUGAAGGCCAUGCGCACCGUGGCCAUGCUGGUCGGCUGCUUUGUGCUGUCCUGGCUGCCAUUUUUCAUCGCUGGCAUCGUGCAAAUUGUGUGUACCAAGUGCUUCCAUUACAGAGUCAUUGAGAGCUACCUCUGGCUGUUGGGACUGUGCAAUUCCCUCCUGAACCCCUUGCUCUACUCCUACCGGCAGAAGGACGUGCGGCAGCAGCUCUCCCAGCUGGCUGCUGGUGUGAAGAGGAAAGUCCUUCAUUUGGGGAAGGGUUGCUGUUUCCCCAACAGAGGGACCGAGUCCAUUCCUGCUGUGUCGAGCUUGCAGCUCCAGGAUUGAUGUGGUUAGGAGUGGCUACCGUUGGCUUUCUUUCCAGCUUGUCUCCUUCACCAGGACUGUGAACCUGGGGGCUGCCAGCUGUGGAAUAGAUCCUAUAUGGGGUAGGACAGCUCUGCGUGCUUAGACACAGCACAACCAGCACAGCCAGUUCUGCACCAGCUCCAGGGCACCCCAAAUUGCAGGUGCGUGGCACAUGUUGAAUUUUGCUUGGAAGAGCUUCAGCAAGAGCAGCUUAGUGUCCGGUGGGACCAAGCCUUCCACAGACUGAGAUCACUCACUUCUCACCUGGCUGUCCCCAGCCCAGACCUGAGAGCCUUCUGCUGUCCCUUCUGCCUUGCAGCACAGCUGUCUGGGCCAGUUUCCCCACCAGCACGUGGGGCAGGGCUGCUCUCACUGUGUUGGCUCUGUUGCUCCCUAUCACUGCCUUACCUAAACCAAACUUGCAAUCCAACACAUGCAAUCUGGGCUGUCCCUCAAACCAUCCUCUGAUUAGGAUCGAUCUUAGAGGCAGAGGUGAGGGGUCUGGGGUCUCUGCUGUAAUGCAGGGGGGAAGGGGUGGCUGUUCUUUGGCUUAUGUGCACUGGAGCAAAAGCUGAACAGGUGUGGUGUGCCUGGGAGC